CCUUGACAGUCGGACUUUGCAAUUUUAUAAUGGAGGGGAUUGCUUCUUUGUACAUCGGUCUGACUUGCAACAAUUUUUAAGCAGUAUCUUUGAAUAGUUGACGUGAUAUCACGUAUAAUGAUACAAAAAUAAGAGUUUUAUUAAUAUCUUAUCAGUGGAAGGAUAUGAGAUUUUUUAAUUUGAACUAGACAUCCAUUUUCUAUCUGUAUGGCAUAGGGUAUACUUAUAUAUACGAGUUAUAUAUGUGGUGGAUAUACUAGAGCAGCCUUCAUACCUACUGUUGCUAAAGAAGUGCGGGUAACGUGGUGUCCAGUGACAUUUUACAAGACAAAUUUAAAGGUUAUCAAGACACGAAGCAGUACGUGUCCGAAAUAUAUGUGACAAGAGAAAGGAAAUGUGUUGUAUAGUGAACGGAAGAGAACUAUGAAGUGUUGUUUUACUAGAUGAGCAAUGUCGUCUACCCGCCGUUUGAAAAAUUGAACGAGUAGAGCAGUGGAUUUUGAUUUUUCAAAAAUGGAGCCUGAAAGGAUUAACAGAAAAAAGUGGUCUGCUCCAAAAACUUUGCGGCAAAUACCAAUUUUUAUUUCACAACGCGUGGAACAUUUUUUCUAUGAGGUUGGUUUUCGUAUUGCUCAACGACCUCAAAAAUGGCUAGUUGGAUGUUCCAUUGUUGUUCUGCUGUGUCUGGGUGGCCUUUUUCGAUUUCGCCAGGAAAAGAACCCUCUUAAAUUAUGGGUCCCACCGGAUUCAGAUUUCGUACGUGACACAGAAUGGUUAAUGUCACAUUUUAGUGAAGGACAAAGAAUCCAAUCAAUAAUAAUGACUGGUGAUAAUGUGCUGGAACCAGAAGCACUUGUUCAACUAAAUGAAAUUACUAAGCGUGUAAUUGAUGCGCAGACGCAUGCCACACCAAAAAUUACGUGGACCGACGUAUGUCUUAAGGUUCCCGUAAUAUCCGGAUACGUAGAGCGCCGAAGAAGAGACAUUGGCAAUUUGGAUGACGAUUUUUUCGAGCAGGAACCAGAGGCACGAUUGAAUAGUACAAAAUUUGAACCAGUAGUUUAUGCACCCACUGAAUUGUAUUGUGGAGUUCUCAAUAGCCUUUCUAAAGCCUGUCUACUGUUUAGUAUUCUUGAUAUUUGGGAUUAUAAUUCUACGCUAAUAGCCAGCCAAACGAAGGCUGACAUUAUAGCGAAAUUUAAUUCAGUAAAAGUUAGUCCAACAUUGGGCCAUCCAAUGAAUUUCUCAGAACUUCUUGGAGGAACGCAAUCUGAUCAAAAUGGAAGAAUCAUUUCGGCGAAGGCUGUACAAACUUUAUGGAUGGUGCAUGUCAAUUUUUCUCGAGUGGACAUGGAUGAGAUAGGCAACGAUGCGGGAACUGCUGAUUGGGCAACACCGAACGUGCUAGUUUGGGAAUCAGCAUUCUUAGAUGUGCUGAAGAGAAGCACAGAAGAAUUGUCAAAUACCAAUAACAGUCACAAAUUAACGUUGUACUAUGAAGCUGGAAGGAGUUUCGGGGAUAUCAGUUCUUCAACAAUGUUUCAAGAUAUUGAUAAGCUGAUAAUAGGAAUUAUACUGAUGUCCUUUUAUGUCCAAGUGAUCCUAUCGAAAUUCAAUUGGGUUGAAUGGCGAUUCUGUCUGACAAGCGCCGGAUUACUAUGCGUCGCAGGUGCCUUUAUAAUCGCAGUAGGCGUGUGUUCUCUUUUUGGCGUACCGUAUGGGCCCGUUCACACGUCUCUGCCAUUUAUGCUGAUGGGUCUUGGGGUGGACGAUAUCUUUGUAAUGAUGGCUUCUUGGGAACAGGUACUCUCUCAUGAACCUAAUCGAGGAAAACCUUUACCAGAACGUGUAGGUCUCAUGCUAAGUCAUGCAGGUGCAUCCAUUUCCAUCACAUCUCUCACAGAUGUCGUAGCUUUUGUCAUUGGUGCAUCGACAAUUCUACCGUCACUUCAUUCGUUCUGUGUAUACGCUGCUGUUGGUGUUUUAGUAACGUUCUUAUUACAAGUAACAUUUUUCGUUGGAUUCUUUACUCUUGAUACAAGACGGAUUGAAGCCAAGAGAAAUGGUGUAUUACCGUGUAUUAUUCAUGAGAAUUUUGAAAUUAAGACAGUGGAUUCGAAGAAUCGUGUGUCUUGGAAAUUAAUUGAUCUUCUUUAUUCUAAGAUUAUUUUGACUAUACCUGGAAAAAUUAUUAUUCUGUUAAUCACUAUCAGUAUUGCAUCUGUUGGUAUACUUGGUUCUAAUCAAUUGGAACAAUGGUUUGAUUCUAAAUGGUUUUUACCAAAAGAGUCAUAUCUGAGUAGCUACAUACAGGUGCAUAGCGAGCAUUACCCACAAAGAGGUGAUGAAGCUGCUGUUUAUAUGGGCGAGUUAGAUUAUCAUAGAGAAUUUCAAAAAAUACUUUCUCUAACAGAGAAAUUAAUGAAUGACACUAAUGUACAGAUAAUAGAACCAUGGCCUACAGAUUUUGCAGAAUUCGUAACUACUUAUUACGGAAAAGAUAUGAAAUCCACUAUUUUGGAUCAUGAAGAUUUUACACAGUACCUUUCGAAAUUCCUGUUUAGUAGAAGCGGUGGAAAGUAUCAAAGAAAUUUUCACUUUAAUAGCAAACUCACUUGCGGUAUCAAAGUACCAAGGAUCUUAGUAGCCAGCAUCCCAUUUAGAUUUGCAAUAUUCUCUGGACCAAACGAGUGGAUUCCAGCAAUGGACACGGUUAAAGAAAUAGCUAAGGAGUCAAAUAUCCAAGGCUUUGUUACAGUAUGGAGCAAGAUGUUUGGUAACUGGGAAACAGAUAAGGUGAUAUCUCAAGAAGUCACAAGGAAUCUCAUUUUGGCAUUAAUUUGCGUUAUGGGAACCACUGCAGUACUCAUUGCUGAGCCUCAAACCUGCUUCUGGAUAUUACUGUGCGUUCUGUUAACACUCCUUGACGUGUGUGGAUUCAUGUUUUACUGGGGUCUCACCGUGGACAUAGUAUCCUGCAUAGGAUUGGAACUCGCUGUGGGAUUAAGCGUGGAUUACGCAGCCCACGUAGCUCACGCCUUUUUGAAUACCAAAUCGUACAAUGGGAAGCAUGAUCGCACCACGAGAGCCCUAACUGCUGUGAGACAUAUAGGAGCCGCUGUAAUGUAUGGCGCUGGAUCGACCUUGCUGGCAUUAUCAUUGUUGGCCGGUUCGCAGGCUUAUGUGUUUCGGGCAUUCUUUAAAAUAUUUUUACUAGUAAUAUUAUUCGGUCUCUGGCAUGGACUAUUGAUGCUGCCUGUUGUACUGAGUACAGUGGGACCACGUGCCCUUCGUGAUGAGACUACAAUCCUUGCCCCACCGAAAAGAAUCCCAACGAUCUCUCCUUUAGACGAAGAGAAAGACAUUGGGGCAAUGGCACCGUUGAACAAUAAGGAUUCAGAUCAGUGAGAAUCCCUUGUCUUUAUCAAUAAUAUUUAUUUUUGGUUCAAUAAACAUACAAAAUUAUUACACUAUCCAUACUAUUAAUCACACAUUUAUACAAAAAUAAUAAUAAAAGUCGGAUAACUUAAAA